AAAGAGAAACUGAAGAUCAAAAACGGAACCAAACCCAUGUAAUCCUAGACCAUUUCCAGCGGGUGUAGCCUGUAGCUGUAGGCAGGGGUUCAAAACGCAGAAUCGGAACGGAAGCGGCCAGUGCCAAUUCUGAUUUGAUUCAGAUCGGUAUCGAUCGACAGAACCGAGGGGUAUUUCAACGAUUCAGGUGUUUCUACCCAAAAAUUGGCCAUAGAAUUGUCAGAAAUCGGGCGAUUCCCAAUCUGAUUCGCUGAUUCUUGAAACCCUUACCUAAAAGAAUUGUGUUUAAACCAUGACUCGGAUCGAACAUGCACAGAGCAACAACUGGGAAAUUUCUUUAAUGGAUGCAAGAGAAUAAUGGGACCAGCUUUUUCAAUUUCUACUCCCAUUAUUGCUAGUCCUGGCCGGAUACUUUCACCAGCGAGAAGCUCACUCCUACACAGACACCUACACCUGUGUAGCUUUCCGUCUUCGUCGUCUUCGUCGUCUUCGUCUUCAAGUCUUAUUUCUGAGAUUGAUCUUACCAACGACUACGGUUGCGGUUAUAGGCGCGUGUUGUGGUUGGAAGCACGGCCCACCACUAGUUCUCUUCUGAGUAGGGUUAGGAAAGUGACAACGUCAACAGUUCGCGUCAUGGGUGGGAACCAAAACAGAGCAGAUGAAGAGGUGCCGGAGCACACAGUCGGAGACUGGUACUCCGUACCGGAGCUCGGGCUCAGAGACCAUCACUUCACUGUCCCUCUUGAUUACUCCAUCGAUCGCCACAACUCUCCUAAGGUCUCUAUCUUCGCUCGUGAGGUCGUUGCAGCUGGGAAGGAAGAAGUUGCACUUCCAUAUUUAUUAUUCCUACAAGGUGGACCUGGUUUUGAGAGUCCACGCCCAACUGAAGCCAGUGGAUGGAUAAAGAAAGCAUGUGAAGAGUAUCGUGUUAUUCUUUUGGAUCAGCGAGGGACAGGCUUGUCAACUCCUUUGACUGUCUCAUCUCUCUUGCAAAUUACAUCUGCAGAGAAGCAGGUUGACUACUUGAAACAUUUUCGGGCUGACAAUAUAGUAAAUGAUGCUGAAUUUAUUAGGGUGCAUCUUGUACCUGAUGCUGGACCUUGGACAGUUUUAGGGCAGAGCUAUGGAGGCUUUUGUGCAGUUACUUAUUUAAGCUUUGCUCCACAAGGACUGAAACAAGUCCUUAUUACUGGUGGAAUCCCUCCAAUUUGCAAUGGGUGCACAGCAGACACUGUGUACAGAGCAUGCUUUGAGCAGAUUAUUUGUCAGAAUGAUAAAUACUACAAGCGAUUCCCUCAUGACAUUGAAAUUGUUCGUGACCUUGUGAAGCACUUGGCAGAAUCUGAAGGAGGCGGGGUUCCUCUUCCUUCUGGAGGCAUACUUACACCACAGGGAUUGCAAACCCUCGGUCUUUCGGCUUUAGGAUCUAGUAGUGGUUUUGAGCGUUUGCACUACUUGUUAGAGAGGGUCUGGGAUCCUAUACUAGUUCCAGGAGCACAAAAACGCAUCAGUUACUUCUUCUUGAGAGCUGUUGAUGAUUGGAUGGCAUUUGAUACAAAUCCACUCUUUGCUGUGUUGCAUGAAUCAAUAUACUGCCAAGGAGCUCCGUCCCGGUGGUCUGCUCACAGGAUAAGGGUAGAAUAUGAGAGCAGGUUUGAUGCAGUCAGGGCAGCGAAAGAAGGUGACCACAUCCUGUUCACAGGGGAGAUGAUAUUCCCUUGGAUGUUUGAUGAAAUCCAUGCCUUGAAACCUCUGAAAGAAGCUGCUCAUUUGUUGGCUGAAAAGAAUGAUUGGCCUACGCUAUAUGACAUUGCUUCCUUGAAUAAUAACAAGGUGCCAGUUGCAGCUGCUGUUUAUUAUGAAGACGUAUAUGUUAACUUCAAGCUGGUGAUGGAGACUGCUUCUCAGAUUGCAGGAAUUAGAUUGUGGAUAAAUAAUGAGUUCAUGCAUUCAGGUCUUCGUGAUGCAGGAAGCCAAGUUUUGGAUCAUUUGAUGGGAUUGUUAAAUGGAAAGAAGCCUUUAUUCUGAUUGGCAAUUGCAUUUCUAUGUUAAAAGAGACAUUCUUUGUUUUAUAUUCAUAUUCUACAGGAAAUUCUCAUCCUGAUUAUAGUGCAAUCGAAGUGUGAUGAUAAUCCAUUAAGAUACAAUGGAUAUGAGCAAGACUAAGAAGAUAGAUGACCUUGUUUAA